AUGAAGAAGCGGAACAAAGCGAGUCUGCUCAUGAGAGCGACGAGCCAAAAUAUGAAGAGGAACAAGAAGACGGAGGCGAUGAAGAAGAAGGAGAUCAAAGCGAGUCUGAUCACGAAAAUGAGCCAAAAGAUGAAGAGGAACAAGAAGACGGAGGCGAUGAAGAAGAAGGAGAUCAAAGCGAGUCUGAUCACGAAAAUGACGAGCCAAAAGAUAAANGAAAGCGACGAGCCGACAGACGAAGAUGAAGUAGAAGACGGCGACGAUGAAGAAGAGGAACAAAGCGAGUCUGCUCAUGAGAGCGAUGAGCCAAAAGAUGAAGAGGAACAAGAAGACGGAGGCGAUGAAGAAGAAGGAGAUCAAAGCGAGUCUGAUCACGAAAAUGACGAGCCAAAAGAUAAAGAUGAACUAGAAUACAGCGGCGAUGAAGAAGAAAGAGAUCAAAGCGAAUUUGCUCAUGAAAACGAUGAGCCAAAAGAUGAAGAUGAGCUAGAAGACGGCGGCGAUGAAGAAGAAGAACAACAAAAAAACGAUGAACCAAAAGACGAAGAAGAUAGUACAAAGGCAGACAGCGAGCCCGAGGAAAAUCCACUGGUUAAAAAAGGCUCUACUUCUUCAAAGGAGCCAGCAAGGAAGGGGCCCAAGUCUGCGGCAAAAGAAAAAACCAAACCUGCGAAGAGAGGUCGGGGAAAAACCAACCAAAAUACCUCGAAAAAGAGGCGCAAGAAGUAG